GGAGAUAGAACAUGGCGCCCGCACAGAGCACCAGACAGACUUUAAAACUCUUAUAAUAUUUCCACUACGGACCCGAUUAGGGAAAUUGUGAAAACUACGAAGAAAAGGACCUUUGUGCUUGGUAUUUAGGAACUUAAUUGGUGCAUUUUAGUGUUUGAUUYGUUAGAAAAGGUAAAAAUGUCGGAAGCACAGCAAGACGAGCCAACAAAGUCUAGAGCACCAUCUCCUCCGGCGAGUAAUGAGGUUGCACCUCCUCUGAUUUCAACAGCGAAAGAUGAAGAAGCUAAAAAAGGUCACAAACGACGGGGAAAGGCACCAAAUAUGCCUGUACCAACUGCUCAGAAGAAAACAGUUACACUAGUUUCAGGAUCYGAAGCUAUGAAAGAAAGGCAAAAACAAGCCAAAGCGCUCAAAGAUGGACGCAAAAGCGAGAUGGAUACUCGUCACAAUUACAUACUUCAAAAGAUUUCUGAUAUAUUAAGCAUCGACCUAAAUUUGGUAGAAGACUUCAUUCUUGGAGAUAAUAAUUUUCCCCAAUUUGAGCAGUUCUUUGCUGUUGAUGGAUUAAAAAAGAUGAUGUUCUAUUAUCAGGAAGCAAAUCUGAACAGGAUUGACUUGUCUUCACAAGCUGCCAAUUCACCCAAUAAACUUUUCAUAACAGAUGGGAACUCUGAAAAAUUAACUGGACAGUGCUGUAUAUUUAUGAGGACGUCAACAAUGAAGGCUAUCAGCACUGCAAACAUUGCUCAGGAGGUUGUAUUUAUGUUAAUGGACAGCUCCAAAGGAAGCAUCCUUGAAGGCUUUGAAAGACUCUUAGGAAAAAUCCUCAUCCCUGCUCUUCACCAACAGGAGAGUUGGGGUGAAAUUUCACAUCAACUAGGACAAGUUCAGGGAUUUCUUGAGUCACUUGAAAARUUUGUUGGUAUUUUAGCUGGUGCUAAAGAYAACAUUAACUCUAGAGUUGAUUUGGGUGACAAUGGACUGAGUGAYCUWCUUGACAGCUUGAAAACACCUUCAGACUACGUUACUGCAGCACUAAAUCCAGACAUUGUUGACAAGCUUGAAGGAUUGAUAGCUAUUUGGUCAAAGGAGAUUGAACAGGUCUUAGCUGAGAGUGAGCAGAUGAGGAAAGAAGCAGACGAUAUYGGUCCAAUUGCUGAGCUUGAACAUUGGAAGAAAAGGAUGGCAAAGUUUAAUGUUCUGUUAGACCAGAUCAAAAGUCCUCAUUGUAAAGCCGCUGUUGGUGUUCUUCAUGCYGCUAAGUCCAGGAGUUUAAAGCACUGGAAGGAAAUGGAUAGUCGUAUCACUGAUUCAGCAAAUGAAGCUAAGGAUAAUGUCAAAUAUCUUUACACUCUUGAUAAGUUCUUUGGUCCUCUUAUUAAAUGUUCACCGACUGAGAUGAUAGAGUAUGUUCCUAGUUUGGUGAAUGCCAUACGAAUGAUUCACAGCAUCUCACAGUACUACAAUACCUCGGAGCGCAUGACAUCACUGUUUGUCAAAGUAACCAAUCAAAUGAUCACCACAUGUAAGGCAUAUAUUAACAGAGGAGUGUCUAAAAUAUGGGACCACAAAAGAGAGGAACUGUCUGGACGACUUAARGAGUGCAUUGCUUUGAAUGAAGAAUAUCAACGGUGCUUCCAUCGAACUAAGAUGAAGCUGAGAGAGAAUCCCAAAGAAAGACAGUUUGAGUUUAGUGAAAAUUACAUAUUUGGUAAAUUCGAUGCCUUCUGCAAACGUCUUGAGAAGAUCGAUGAUAUGUUGAAAACUAUGGAGAACUUGUCUGGUUUGAAUCAAGUCAAGAUCGAGGGCAUUGAAACGAUAGUUAUCCGUUACACGACCAUCGUAUCCAACGUAAAAAAGAAGGCAUACGAUCUAUUGGAUCAUAGGAAAGGCGAGUUUGAUAUGGACUACGAGGAAUUCAAGGAGAAUAUCGAAGGKCUCAAACAACAGCUACAAGCAUUUGUAGAUUCUUGGUUCGAGAAGCCAUUGUCAACAAUGCGUUCUCUUGAGCUKCUGAACAAGUUUGAAAGCAUUUCUGGUGUACAACUUUACCUUCACGACAAAUAUUACAAGCUCCUUAUGCAGUAUGGAAAAGAUUUAGAAGCUUGUAGAAAAAUGUACCAAAAGCAAAAGAACGAUCCACCAAUUCUGAGAAAUCUCCCACCUGUUGCUGGUAAAAUUACUUGGGCAAAACAGUUGUUUCGACGAAUUCACGAGCCAAUGGUGCAGUUUAAGAAAUACCCAGAAAUAUUAAAGGGCGAGGAUGCAAAACGACUUAUCAAGAGCUACAACAAAAUGGCUUCAGUCCUCGUAGAAUUUGAGGUUUUAUAUCAUCGUGGCUGGUACCGUGCUGUUGAAGCGGCAAAAAGUGGACUACAAGCAUCACUUCUUGUCAGACAUCCAGAAACAAAAACGCUGUUUGUCAACUUCGAUCCACAAAUUCUAGAAUUGAUCCAAGAAGCUAAGUGUAUGUCGAGGCUUAGUCUUGAGGUUCCUAACGCAGCGCAGGUUUUACGUCUGAAAGAAGAGCAAAUAAAAUCAAACAGUAACAGAUUACGUGAAGUUUUGGAGGAUUACAAUCGAGUAGUGGCGAACAUCCCAGAGGUCGUUUUACCRCUAAUGUUACCCUUUACGGAACGUGUUGACGAGACAAUAAAACCUGGACUGUCAAUGCUGAACUGGACUUCUAUGAAUAUUUCAGCGUAUAUCGAUGGCAUACAUCAAUCAGUUAAAAGUCUAGAGCGCCUAUCCAAAGAGGUCGGCGAUAUCCUCGACUGUCGUAUUGAAGCCGUUCUUAAAGAAAUCGGAAGUACACCAUUGUGUGAUCUCCAAGAGGAAGAAGCGAUCUUUGUGGAAGAUUUUGUUGAAACAACUGAUCGAACGUGCAACGAAAACGCCGAAGUCUUGUCCAGAUACUGUAAACUUGUCGAGAGUUCAGUGCAAUUCCUACUUGAAACCAUCAAAAGCAACAUGACUGCGGAAGAAUUAGCGCCUCUAGUCAAAGACAACUACCCAUGUUUAAACUCAGAAUCCAAACAAGCCAAGAACAAUCGAGGGAACAGAUGUUGGGAGUGCAUGCCAUGUUAUUAUUGGAAUCUUGUCAUUAGUUUUAACCAAAGAACYAUCGAUGCGUUAGUCAAGUGUACAAGACUUUCUCUAGACUCGAUAAAAAGACGRAUGCAAGCAUCUAGUAAAUACAAGGGAGACACUGGUGAUAUCAAAACAGCGUUGUUCAAGGCUGACAUUGUACUAGAAAUCCCAUCAGUUCUYCUGAAGCCAAGUUUAGAUGACAUCCAACAGUUACUAAAUAAAGCAGUUCAGAUAAUACUGAAAACGACUCAGCGUGUUCACGAAUGGAAAGACCAUGCUUUAAUCCAUCAACCCCCAAUGCCAGUCGUCGAGGAAGGCAAGCCAAUACCUCCAGUCAACCCUAAGUCAUUGUACAAAUUAGUAUCAGAACACAAAGAUGUUGUCAAAGUCGUUAUUGUAUUAAGCUCGAUUGUCAGUACUUUCAAAGCUGAUUGCAAAGACGUUCUUAGCGAGAUGGAUGCAUUUAAGGAGCUCUGGAAUGCGGACCCUAAUGAGAAGGUGAAAGAGUUCAUAGAAUCUAAACCUCUGCUAUCAGAUUUUGAUGGUCAGAUCAAGUACUAUCAGCAUCUAGAGUCUCGUAUCGARGAACUACCUCACUUCUAUCGCAUUGGUUCUGUCAUCUAUCUCACCGAUCGUCUCAAGGAAGCUUUGAUCACRGAAACMAAGGCUUGGAAGCAAGCGUUUGGACAAGCUCUUGCGGCUAAGGCAAGCRCAGACAUGGAAGAGAUCUUCGCAUUCAUUGAUAACUUGACCAAGAGACUUGCACGAAACAUUACAGACCUUGAUGAUGUUAGGAGCAGUAUGGCCGCUCUAAGCGAGAUCAGAGAAUCAGAAAUUAAGAUGGAYAUGAUGAUUGGWCCAAUCGAGGAGUCAUUUGCAAUGUUGAACCGYUAUCARCUUCACUAUCCAAGCACUGAUGCRGAGCGAGUUGAUGGCUUAACAUAUGCCUGGAAAAAACUAACAGCGCAGGCUGGUUCGGUUGCUGCAAAUCUACUGACCAUUCAACCAAAAUUCAAAGCAGAUUUACUAGAAGGAGUYKCUAACUUCAAAGGUGUUGUGGACGAGUUUACCUGUGACUACACGGACAAGGGACCAAUGGUUGCAGGGAUUGCGCCAAGAGAGGCUAGUGAUCGCCUUGGYAUAUUYCAGGCUCGUUUUGACGAAAUAUGGAGAAAGUUUGAAACGUACUCAGGGGGUGAGGAAUUAUUUGGACUCGAAGUUACMGAGUAUCCAACCAUCCAAAGAAUMCGACGUGAGCUYGGUUUGCUACAGAAGCUGUAUAAUCUGUACAACUCGGUUAUUGAUAACGUUAAUGGCUACUAUGACAUCCUAUGGCAGGAGAUUGACAUCGAGAAAAUCAAUAAUGAACUUAUGGAAUAUCAAAACAGGAUUCGUAAACUUCCCAAAGCACUUAAAGAGUGGCAGGCAUUYUUGGACCUCAAGAAGACAAUCGAUGACUUUAGCGAGUGYUGUCCACUUCUUGAAAUGAUGGCAAACAARGCCAUGAAGCUACGACAUUGGGAUAGAAUCUCRCAGAUGGUUGGCGUGACGCUUGAUGUCGAGUCAGAGACAUUUCAACUAAGACAGCUCAUGAGCGCACCGUUAUUACCAAAUAAGGAAGAAAUUGAGGAUAUCUGUAUCGCCGCUGUGAAAGAAAAAGACAUCGAGCAAAAGUUAAAAGCAGUACUUGCAGACUGGAGUACGCAAAAUUUCUCAUUCGGUACUUUCAAAAAUCGUGGAGAACUUCUCUUGAAAGGGUCGGACACCGCRGAGAUUGUAUCUCUUAUGGAGGACAGUCUUAUGAUCCUUGGCUCUUUGUUGAGUAACAGGUAUAAUGCUCCGUUUAAAGCAGAAAUUCAAAAGUGGGUCGCAAAGCUGACAGGUUCAACCGAGAUAAUCGAGAACUGGUUAGUCGUACAGAACUUAUGGGUAUAUCUCGAGGCGGUGUUUGUUGGYGGUGAYAUCGCUAAACAAUUACCUCAGGAAGCGAAACGAUUCAGUCAGAUCGACAAGUCAUGGGUGAAGAUCAUGCAGAGAGCGCACGAGAAUUCUAAUGUUGUACAGUGUUGUGUUGGAGAUGACACCCUCGGACAGCUGUUACCYCACUUGUUGGAGCAGUUGGAGAUAUGUCAGAAGUCUCUCAGYGGUUACCUCGAAAAGAAGCGUCUUCUGUUCCCUCGUUUCUUCUUCGUGUCGGACCCCGCUCUGCUUGAGAUUCUUGGUCAAGCCAGUGACUCACACACAAUACAGGCNAUUAUGUUGUAUUUUCAAGGUAAUGUUGAGGUGUGGCAACAUUGCCAUGUCAAAAAUUGCAGAACAUUGAUGUUAGAAUCAUUAUGUUGUAUUUUCAAGGUAAUGUUGAGAAUCAUUAUGUUGUACUUUCAGGGUAAUGUGGAAGUGUGGCUUGAUAAUCUGCUAAAGGAAUCUCGUAAUUCACUACAUGCUGUUAUUCGCAUGGCAUCCAUUGCCAUCAAGGAUCCAGCUUUUAAGCUUAUUGAGUUCUUGAACUCGUUUGCUGCACAGGUUGGUCUUCUUGGUAUUCAAAUGAUCUGGACAAGAGACUCAGAAGAUGCUCUAUCAAAUGCGAGAUCUGAUAAAAAGAUCAUGGCACAGCGUAACCAGUAUUUCCUGGACAUUUUGAAUGARUUGAUUGAAAUGACAACAACAGAUCUCACCAAGUUUGAGCGAGUCAAAUAUGAAACUCUGAUUACAAUUCACGUCCAUCAAAGAGACAUUUUUGACGAUAUGGUAAGGAAAAAUAUCAAGUCACCUACAGAUUUUGAAUGGCUGAAGCAAUCUCGAUUCUACUGGAGRGAAGAGACUGAUAAUUGUAUAGUCUCAAUCACCGAUGUGGACUUCAUCUACCAGGAUGAGUUUCUCGGYUGCACAGAYCGUCUCGUCAUCACACCACUGACAGACAGAUGUUAUAUUACACUUGCGCAGGCCUUGGGCAUGGCAAUGGGUGGUGCACCCGCUGGCCCAGCAGGCACAGGYAAGACAGAGACUACUAAAGAUAUGGGAAAAGCACUUGGAAAGUAUGUGGUCGUGUUCAACUGCUCGGAUCAGAUGGACUAUCGUGGUCUUGGUCGUAUCUUUAAAGGUCUUGCGCAGUCGGGUAGUUGGGGCUGUUUUGAUGAGUUCAAUCGUAUUGAGCUACCUGUGUUAUCGGUGGCUGCGCAGCAAAUCUCUGUUGUCUUGACAGCAAAGAAAGAAAGAAAAUCUACAUUUAUUUUUACCGACGGUGAUGUAGUGGACAUGAAUCCUGAGUUUGGUAUCUUCUUGACAAUGAACCCUGGGUACGCUGGUCGACAAGAACUUCCAGAAAAUCUAAAGAUCAUGUUCCGAACGGUAGCRAUGAUGGUUCCUGAUCGACAAAUUAUUAUUCGAGUCAAACUUGCAGCUUGUGGUUUCAUCAGAAAUAUCAUCCUCUCUGCCAAGUUUUACACUCUGUACAAGCUAUGCGAAGAGCAGCUUACUAAACAGGUCCACUAUGAUUUUGGCCUUCGAAACAUUCUGUCUGUCUUGCGAACUCUUGGAGCUGUGAAGAGAGCCAAUCCAGAGGAUAGUGAAGAUAGGAUUGUCAUGCGUGUAUUACGUGACAUGAACUUGAGUAAGCUUGUCGAUGAAGAUGAGCCGUUGUUUUUAAGUCUCAUCGAUGACUUGUUUCCUGGAAUUCAACUGGACAAGGCUGGUUAUCCAGACAUCGAGCAAGCUAUCGCUGAAUGYGUCGAGGAAGCUAAGCURAUYAACCAUCCUCCAUGGACGUUGAAGCUCAUCCAGUUGUACGAGACCCAGCGUGUACGUCACGGUAUGAUGGCCCUGGGGCCGAGUGGUGCCGGCAAGACAAAGUGUAUUAAUAUUCUGUGCAAAGCGAUGGGAAUGUGUGGAGCACCACACAAAGAAUUCAGGAUGAACCCCAAAGCCAUCACAGCCCCCCAGAUGUUCGGUCGUCUUGACGUGGCAACUAAUGAUUGGACAGACGGAAUCUUCUCAACACUUUGGCGUAAAACUCUUCGAGCUAAAAAGGGGGACCAUAUUUGGAUAGUGCUGGACGGCCCUGUGGACGCUAUCUGGAUUGAGAACCUUAACAGUGUACUUGAUGACAAUAAGACUCUAACACUGGCCAACGGGGACCGUAUUCCUAUGUCRCCCAACUGUAAGGUCGUAUUUGAGCCCCAUAACAUCGACAAUGCGUCACCUGCAACUGUAUCCAGAAAUGGCAUGGUUUACAUGAGUUCAUCUGCUUUAGACUGGAAACCUAUACUAAAAGGCUGGCUGAAGAACAGAUCAGUAAACGAAGGAGAGAUCUUGUUUCCUCUGUUUGAACAGGUGUUCGAUGAACUACGAAACUUUGUCGUUGUCAAUACUGUACCCAAAAUGGAUCUCCUUGAGUGUAACUACAUCGUGCAAGCCACCAACAUCCUUCAAGGUCUAAUUCCCGGUGAAGAUGCUGCCAAGCAAGCAGACGCUAAGCACCUUGAGAAACUAUUUAUAUUCUCUCUCAUGUGGAGCGUUGGAGCAUUGUUGGAAUUGGGAGAUAGGAAAAAGAUGGAGGAGUUUCUUAAAGGRAAGUUUGAUCUUCAAUGGCCUCCUGCURACGGUGAAGAUACGUUCUUUGAAUACUUGGUCAACGAGGAGGGUGAAUGGGAACAUUGGUCAAAYCGGGUACAACCGUAUGAGUACCCCAAGGACAGUGUACCUGAGUAUUCCAGCAUCUUAGUACCAAACGUUGACAACGUCAGAACUGAUUAYUUGAUCCAAAGCAUCUCUAAGCAGGGCAAGGCCGUGCUGUUGAUAGGUGAGCAAGGAACAGCCAAGACUGUCAUGGUAAAAGGCUACUGUAACAAAUACGACCCUGAACAGCACCUCUUCAAGUCACUGAACUUUUCAUCGGCAACUACACCAAACAUGUUCCAGAGAACCAUCGAGAGCUACGUCGACAAGAGAAUGGGAACUACAUACGGGCCUCCAGCUGGAAAGAAGAUGACGUCAUUCAUUGAUGACAUCAACAUGCCCAUUAUUAACGAAUGGGGAGACCAAAUUACCAAUGAGAUUGUUCGUCAGCUCAUGGAGAUGAGUGGAUUCUACAGCUUGGACAAACCAGGCGAAUUCACCAGUAUAGUUGAUAUCCAAUUCAUUGCUGCUAUGAUUCAACCUGGUGGUGGUCGUAACGACAUCCCCAGCCGUCUUAAGCGUCAGUUUACCGUAUUUAACUGUACUCUCCCGUCCAACACAUCCAUUGACAAAAUCUUCUCUACAAUUGGUGUUGGAUAUUUCUGCAAAGAACGAGGAUUCACUUCUGAAAUCCUAGAACUUGUGCAAAUGCUCGUGAAGAGUACCAGAACCCUGUGGCAGAAAGUGAAGACCAAGAUGUUGCCAACACCAGCCAAGUUCCAUUAUAUUUUUAACUUAAGAGAUUUGAGCAGGAUCUGGCAGGGAAUGUUAACAGUGACAUCAGAAGUUAUGACCGACAAGAAAGUUCUUCUGAAUCUKUGGAAACACGAAUGUUCACGAGUGAUAGCCGAUCGCUUUACGAACCAACCAGACAAAGACUGGUUCGAAAAGGCUUUGAAUAAUGUUUUAGAAGACGACUUUGGUAGCGAAGCUCUGGAAAUGGUCGACGCUGAACCCUACUUUGUGGACUUUCUACAAGAUGCUCCUGAACCAACAGGUGACGAACCWGAAGACACUGAGUUCGAGGCGCCUAAAAUCUACGAACCAAUACCAAGCCUAGAGAGCUUCAAAGAGAGGUUGAAUAUGUUCAUUGAGAUGUAUAAUGAGGCGAUUCGUGGAGCUCGCAUGGACCUUGUGUUCUUCAAAGACGCCAUGACUCACCUUGUCAAGGUGUCGCGUAUCAUAAGGACACCACGAGGUAAUGCUCUACUYGUCGGUGUAGGRGGCUCAGGAAAACAGAGUUUAACUCGAUUAGCUUCGUUUAUUGCUGGYUACGAGAUCUUCCAGAUUACAUUAACAAGAUCGUACAAUACCAGUAAUCUGAUGGACGAUCUAAAGAUCCUGUACAGGACGGCUGGUCACCAGGGCAAAGGAAUCACGUUCAUAUUCACUGAUAAUGAGAUCAAAGAUGAAGCUUUCCUGGAAUAUAUGAACAAUGUACUGGCCUCAGGAGAGGUAUCUAAUCUAUUUGCGCGUGAUGAGAUCGAUGAGAUGACAGGCGAUCUAAUCUCUGUGAUGAARAAGGAAUAUCCCAGACGGCCUCCGACCAACGAAAAUCUCUACGACUACUUUAUAACCAGAGUCAAGAAUAAUCUACACGUGGUUCUCUGCUUCUCUCCGGUUGGCGAGAAGUUCCGCAAUCGAUCGCUAAAGUUUCCAGGUCUCAUUACUGGUUGUACAAUGGACUGGUUCAGUCGCUGGCCAAAAGAUGCCCUUAUCGCAGUCGCAUCGCACUUCUUGUCGUCCUUUGAUGUCGUCUGUAAGCCGGAAGUAAAAAUUUCAAUGGUUAACACCAUGGGUCUCUUCCAAGACAUCGUAGCUGAAUCAUGUGUGCAGUAUUUUGAACGAUUUCGUCGACAGACACACGUGACACCUAAAUCUUACCUGUCAUUUAUUGAGGGGUACAAACAGAUCUACACUCAACAACACGAGGCCAUUGGUCUCCUUGCUCAGAGAAUGAACACUGGUCUAGCCAAGCUUAUCGAGGCCAGUGAAUCGGUUGCWAAGCUCUCCGAGGAGUUGGUGGUCAAGGAGAAAGAGCUCGCCGUUGCAUCUAAGAAGGCUGAUGUCGUUCUWCAAGAGGUGACGGUCAGUGCAACGGCAGCAGAGAAGGUGAAGAGCCAGGUUCAGAAAGUAAAGGACAAGGCGCAGGCUAUUGUAGACGAAAUCGAGGCCGACAAAGCCGUUGCUGAAGGCAAACUUGCUGCAGCUAAACCAGCAUUAGAGGAAGCAGAGGCAGCUCUUCAAACCAUUAAACCAGCCCACAUCAGCACAGUUCGUAAACUUCAAAAACCACCUCAUCUGAUCAUGCGCAUCAUGGAUUGUGUAUURCUUCUAUUUCAACUAAAACUCGAGCAGGUCACUCCCGACCAAGAAAGACCGUGUCCCAAGCCCUCCUGGAGCCUUUCACUAAAGUGCAUGAGUCAGUCAGGUUUCUUACAGACCUUGUUAAACUUUCCAAAGGAUUCUAUAAAUGARGAAACUGUYGAGUUAUUGGAACCMUACCUGAACAUGGAAGACUACAAYAUCGAAACAGCCAAGAAAGUAUGCGGYGAUGUUGCAGGAUUAGCUUCAUGGACACAAGCAAUGGCGACAUUCUAUGGAGUGAACAAGGARGUYCUUCCUCUUAAGGCCAAUCUUGUGAUACAAGAAGCGCGACUUGCUACUGCAACUAAAGAGCUCAACAACGCACAAGAACAGCUCGACGAGAAACAAAAAGAACUUGACCUUGUGCARGCUAAAUACGACCAGGCAAUGAAAGACAAGCAGACUCUUGUAGACGAUGCUGAGGCAUGUAGAAGGAAGAUGGCUAAUGCUACUGCCUUAAUCGAUGGCUUAGGAGGCGAAAAGGUUCGUUGGACUGAGCAGAGCAAGAAGUUCGAACAGCAGAUACAGCGSUUGGUCGGUGACGUUCUUAUUGCGACAGGGUUCUUGUCGUACUCGGGUCCUUUUAACCAGGAGUUCCGAACUCUCAUUCAAGAAAGUUGGAAAAAGGAGAUGAGAAAAUCGAAGAUUCCUUUCUCUGAGGAUAUCAAUCUUACUACAAUGCUGACAGAUGCAGCCACCAUUGGCGAGUGGAAUCUGCAAGGACUGCCUAACGAUGAGUUAUCGAUUCAAAACGGAAUCAUCGUCACUAAAGCGGCUCGAUACCCAUUACUUAUUGAUCCWCAGGGUCAGGGAAAAGCUUGGAUCCGAUCCAAGGAAGGACAGAAUGAGCUUCAAAUCACUUCUCUGAACCACAAGUACUUCCGUAAUCACUUAGAAGACUCCCUGUCAUUGGGAAGACCGCUGAUCAUAGAGGACGUGGGCGAGGAAUUGGAUCCUGCCCUUGAUAAUGUUCUAGAAAAGAAYUUCAUCAAAUCUGGCAAAACGUACAAGGUCAAAGUCGGUGACAAAGAGUGUGACGUMAUGGACGGAUUCCGAUUGUACAUCACAACUAAGCUUGGUAAUCCCUCCUAUACUCCAGAAAUUAGUGCCAAGACUUCUAUCAUUGACUUCACGGUAACAAUGAAAGGCUUGGAAGAUCAGCUUCUCGGCMGAGUCAUCCAGACUGAAAAACAGGAACUGGAAGCUGAAAGGACGAAGUUAAUGGARGAAGUUACCGCGAAUAAACGACGUAUGCAAGACCUGGAGGACAACUUAUUGUACAGAUUGACUAGUACMCAGGGCUCUCUAGUAGAGGACGAGUCAUUGAUUGAGGUCCUGAGUUCUACUAAAGCUACAUCAGAAGAAGUCAGUGAAAAAYUGAUCGUUGCAGCUGAAACUGAGUUGAAGAUAAACACGGCGCGUGAAGAAUAUCGACCAGUCGCUAAUCGUGGUAGUAUCCUGUAUUUCUUGAUUGUUGAGAUGUCAAUGGUWAACGUCAUGUACCAAACAUCCCUCAAACAGUUCCUUGGUCUUUUCGAUAUUUCCAUGGCACGAUCCCAGAAGUCCCCAAUACCAGCUAARCGCAUACAAAACAUCAUCCAGUACUUGACCUUUGAAGUAUUCAGGUACACCACUCGGGGUCUGUAUGAGGAACAUAAAUUCUUGUUUACCCUGCUCUUGGCGCUAAAGAUUGACCUACAGGAGAAACGAAUAAAACACGAAGAGUUUCAAACUUUGAUUAAAGGUGGUGCAGCUUUAGACUUGAACGCUGUCGAACCGAAACCCAAGAAAUGGAUUCUUGACCUAACUUGGCUGAACUUGGUCGAGUUGAGCAAGCUGCCUCAAUUCACCUCCAUAUUAGGRCAAAUCACCGGAAAUGACAAGGCAUGGAAGACAUGGUUUGAUAGUGAGGCUCCUGAGGAUGCCGCAAUACCUGAUGGGUACCAUGGAUCRUUGGAUACGUUUAGGAAGCUACUGCUGAUUCGUUCAUGGUGUCCAGACAGAACGAUYAACCAGGCAAGACGGUAUAUCACAGAGUCUAUUGGAAAAGAGUUUGCUGAAGGAGUUAUCUUGAACCUUGAAGGCAUGUGGGAAGAGAGUGACAAUAGAACUCCUAUGGUAUGUUUCUUGUCAAUGGGAUCUGAUCCGACAGCAUCCAUUGAAGCACUGGCUAAGAAACUAAGAACAGACUGUCGCAAUAUCUCCAUGGGUCAAGGUCAAGAAGUACACGCACGCAGGCUCCUUACGCAGUUUAUGAACGAGGGAGGCUGGGUACUGUUGCAGAAUUGUCACUUGGGCUUAGGCUUCAUGGAUGAGCUUCUUGAAACGGUGACAGGUACGGAGAAUGUAAACGAGAAAUUCCGUCUUUGGAUUACGACCGAAGUUCAUCCUAAGUUCCCGAUCACGUUCCUACAGUCGUCCAUCAAAUUCACUAACGAACCACCACAGGGCAUCAAAGCUGGUUUAAAGCGAACCUAUGCUGGUAUAACACAGGACCAAUUAGACAUCACUAACAUGCCACAAUGGAAACCUAUGCUGUAUGCCACGGCCUUCUUACAUACUGUUGUACAGGAGAGAAGGAAGUUUGGUCCUCUUGGAUGGAAUAUUCCUUACGAGUUCAACUCGGCUGACUUGACGGCUAGCGUACAGUUCAUACAGAACCAUCUCGACGAUAUUGAUAUUAAAAAGGGAGUGUCAUGGACCACUGUUCACUACAUGAUCGGUGAGGUCCAAUAUGGCGGUCGUGUUACAGACGACUUUGACAAAAGGCUGCUCAACACAUAUGCAAGGGUUUGGUUYGGCGAGUUCAUGUUCCAAGAUUCGUUCAAGUUUUUCCAGGGUUACAAUAUUCCUCGAUGUAUGCAGAUCGCUGACUUUAGAAGUGCUAUUGAAGAAAUGCCACCUGUUGACACUCCUGAGGUAUUUGGUCUACAUUCCAAUGCUGACAUCACAUACCAAACAAAGACGACCAUCGAUGCCCUGGAAACAAUCGUAAACAUCCAACCAAAAGACAGUUCAGGUGGGGGAGGGGAGACUAGGGAGUCUAUUGUCUUCAAACAAGCUAACGACAUGCUGGAUAAAUUACCACCCGACUACCUACCCCACGAGAUCAAGUCACGACUUCAAAAAAUGGGAGCCCUGACACCAAUGAAUAUCUUCCUUCGACAAGAAAUCGACCGAAUGCAACGUGUGAUCACUCUUGUACGAACAACACUCAUUGAUCUCAAGUUAGCCAUCGAUGGCACGAUUAUUAUGAGUGAAAACCUYAAAGACGCCUUGGACAAUAUCUACGAUGCACGUGUGCCUGGCUUAUGGAAAAAGAUAUCUUGGGAUUCCGCUACACUUGGUUUCUGGUUCACUGAACUUAUCGAACGUAACGCACAGUUCUCAACAUGGYUGUUUGAGGGACGACCAAAUACUUUCUGGAUGACUGGUUUCUUCAACCCACAGGGCUUCCUCACAGCAAUGCGACAAGAAAUUACUCGUGCCCACAAGGGCUGGGCUCUGGAUAGCGUCGUCUUAAGUAACGAUGUCACACGUUACAUGAGAGAAGACAUAUCUUCRCCWCCCGCMGAGGGGGUKUACGUGUACGGGCUCUUCCUCGAUGGUGCAGGAUGGGAUAGACGAAACUGCCGCCUUGUUGAACCCCCUGCUAAAGUCCUCUUCACCCCUCUCCCCGUGGUGCACGUCUAUGCUGUUAACACWACCGGGGGUAAGGAUCCCAAGUUGUACGAGUGYCCAGUGUACAAGAAACCAAGACGAACUGACCUUGAAUACAUAUUCUGUUUGAAUUUAAAGACUGUWCAGAAUCCUGACCACUGGAUUCUYAGAGGUGUWGCGUUACUMUGUGACACUAAGUAAAUUGCGURACACAUUCUGUGACAGAUUCAAAGAUGUAAUGCCUAAAUUAUUGUAAAACAAAACAUUGUGUUGUGUGAUAUUGUACCUUAAUAUUUUAUUCUCGUAUGACGCGUGGCGAUUCAAUGAAGAAUGUGGAUUUAUAAAUUAAGAAAUGCAAAAUACAGACAUUCUAAAAAUUAAAUAAUUUCAAAAAUAUCAAUGGRAAAGACAAGCAUGUGUGAAAAGAUAGAACAAAAAUAAAGUUUACAAUUAAUA